AUGACAGAUGCUAACAAAAAUUGGGCCGUCUUCCUUGACCAUAUCAAUCUUCCUGAAUGUGCCACACAUUUUGUUAAUGCAAGAUCAGAGCCAAUUUCUUGGGCUUCUCGUCCAGACGAAAAGAUUGAAGAAUUUCUGAGAACUUGUAAUGUUACAGACCCUGAAGACAUUACAACUAUUAUAUAUAACUUGAGGAAUCUUCCUGUUGCCCCAUUGAAGCAGAAAUUCGAACUAGAUGAGACCAUAUUCCCGAAUCUUGCCAAGUUCUGGAAUUGCAUAACCAAAUCAUCUAUCAGCAACCAAAUUCUUUAUCUUCCACCGGACAUCUACUUUCUAGGCGACCGACACUACCCACAAAAACUCAUCAUUCGACAAGUAUAUAGUGAUAUUAUAGCCAAUAUACAGUCAUCCGUCCAAUCUGGACUAUACCACCGAUUUACCAUUACGGGCACUCCUGGUAUUGGCAAAAGUUACUUCCUAUUGUAUUUGUUAUAUGUUCUUCAUCUUAAAAAUGCUACUAUUGUGAUGAAGCACAAUGUUGAUCGAGAAUUCCUAGUCUUUGAGGGGAAUAAUGCAUCUAUAACACCUUAUUAUGAAAACGUCACAUCCCUCCUGGCUAAUCCUGAUACCUGGUAUCUCCUUGAUACAGAAUCACCUACUCAGGUCCCUGCUAUCACUAUCCUCGUCUGCUCUCCAAGUCCAAAAAUUUACAAAGAAUUUCGUAAAAUGUUAAACUCGACAAUAAGAUAUAUGCCUCCUUGGACUUGGGAAGAAAUUGUAAAAUGUAGAGAUGCUCUUUAUACCGGUAUUAAUGAUGACAAGUUGACAACACUUUAUGAUCAUUGGGGUGGCAUUCCGAGAUAUGUGCUGGAGAAAUGUGAUGAUCCGUCACAGGAUGCACUGUUAGAAAAAGCAAUUGCGAGCGCUGACUUGGAAAAGUGCUUAUGGAGCAUUGGCGAACACAAAAGUCCAGAAGACAUAAGUCAUCGAAUUCUUCACAUAGUUACCUCAAACUAUACUUUGACAGCUAUGAAAUACGCAUCUCCCUAUGUUGCUCAAGAAAUUGCUACGCGGUUUGCUCUACAACAACAUGAAUCCCUUCAUCGUUUUCUAGUGGCCAGUGAUGGUGAUAGUAUGACAAGUUCACUUUGUGGACAGUUAUUUGAAGGAUAUGUUCACAAUAUGUUAAAAAAUGGAGGAAACUUUGAUAUUAGAAAAAUUGACGAGGAUACAGUUUCUAGCAUCCGGUUUGCAAAUAGGACUCAACGACUUUACAGAACUCUUUCCAAUAUUGACCCCAAAAUUGAUGACUACUGGCGACCAAUAGCAAGAAAUUUCUUAACAUUCAACUCCUUAAUACCCACAGUUGGAUUAUUCCAAAUUACAAUAUCUUUACAUCAUGGUGCCAAAAUGGCUGUGCUUGAAGAAUGGAAAAAGAUUGUUGGUCAUAGGAAGUUUGUGCUGUAUUUUGUUGUUCCUGAAUCGAUAUUUGAAAAAUUCG